UGUCAAAUUUCCUAUUUAAUUUCUGAUCUUAGUUAACUUUCUCUAUUCUCUUUAUAUCUCUGUCACACACAAUUAAUUUCAUCAAUCUGUUUCUGAUUUCACUCGCUUAAUCUCCAUCGUCAUUAUAAUCCUACUCCGUAUUUCCCGCUCCGAUCCCGUUCAUUUCUCUCGCCGGAAUUUCAGUACAAUGUCGAUUCUGAUGUGCUCGCCGACGAAUCUCAAUUAGACAUUACGGCGAUUUUGUCGAUCUCUCCUCUUUUGUAGACCCCGAGGCCCCUCUCUCUCAUGUAUAUAUAUGUAUGUAUUUUUUGAUUUGAAAUUGUUGAUUGAAGGUUUUGUGCACGUUAAUGGCGAUUAAGAAAGGAACACAGAGGAAUAGAGUUUCUGGAUCUGUAUUUGCUAUUGCGGUUCUGAUUACGUUUUCAAUAUUAGCUCCUUUGCUGUUCUUCGUGGGACGAGGACUCUAUAUUACUGCUUCGACUACAUUUGAUGAACAGGACAUAUCAAGCAGUUCUAUUAAGCAGGACUUGGAUUGGAGAGAAAAGUUGGCACUACAAAAUGUUAAAUCACUCUUUUCAAGCGAGGUUAUUAAUGUGAUCAAAGCAACCACAAAUGAUUUUGGCCCACUAAGUCUUGAUUCUUUCAGAAAAAACAAUCUGUCAGCUUCCUGGAAGUUUGUUGGGCAAGAGAUUCAAGAUGAAAAAUUUUCUUCGUCGACUAAGGCCAAUGAAAUAGCUGCAAAAACUGUACAAAAAACUUCUAAAGGCAAAGAAGAGGAUUCUUCAGGCGCUGGUCAUAUUCAGUUUGUUGAUACACCUGCUAAACUAGCAAGAAGGCAAUUGAGAGAAAAAAGACGAGAAAAGCGGGCAGCUGAUUUGGUAAAACAAGAUGAUGCUGUGACCGUGAAGCUUGAAAAUGCUGCAAUAGAACGUUCCAAAUCGGUUGACUCUGCAGUCCUGGGUAAGUACAAUAUCUGGAGGAGAGAGAAUGAGAAUGAGAAUUCUGAUUCGACUGUCCGAUUGAUUCGUGAUCAAAUAAUUAUGGCAAGGGUGUAUUUAAGCAUUGCAACAAUGAAGAAUCAAACUGAUUUAGCUCGUGAACUACAGAAUAGGCUGAAAGAAAGUCAACAUACUCUAGCAGAUGCGAAUUCAGAUUCUGAUCUGAGUCGUAGUGCCCCUGAGAAAAUUAAAGCCAUGGGCCAAGUGCUAUCAAAAGCUAAAGAGAAGUUGUAUGAUUGUAAGCUUGUUACUGGGAAACUAAGAGCAAUGCUUCAAACUGCUGAUGAGCAAGUUCGGAGCCUGAAAAAGCAGAGCACAUUCCUGAGUCAGUUAGCAGCAAAGACAAUCCCAAAUGGUAUCCAUUGCUUAUCUAUGCGUCUAAGCAUAGAUUACUACCUUCUUUCACCCGAGAAAAGAAAAUUUCCUAAAAGUGAGAAUCUGGAGAAUCCAAAACUUUAUCAUUAUGCCCUCUUCUCUGACAAUGUCUUGGCUGCCUCUGUUGUUGUCAACUCAGCUAUUAUGAAUGCUAAGGAACCAGAAAAACAUGUUUUUCAUGUUGUUUCUGACAAGUUGAACUUUGGAGCUAUGAAUAUGUGGUUUCUUUUAAAUCCUCCAGGAAAGGCUACGAUCCAUGUUGAAAAUGUAGAUGAAUUCAAGUGGCUUAACUCAUCAUACUGUCCAGUUCUGCGGCAGCUGGAGUCUGCUGCCAUGAAAGAGUAUUAUUUCAAGUCAGAUCAUGCCACCAGUGCUGGUUCAUCUAACCUUAAGUACAGGAACCCAAAAUAUCUCUCCAUGCUUAAUCACCUUAGGUUUUAUCUCCCACAGGUUUAUCCUAAGUUGGAUAAAAUUCUUUUUCUGGAUGAUGACAUAGUUGUUCAGAAGGACUUGACUGGUUUGUGGUCAGUGGAUCUGCAUGGGAAAGUUAAUGGCGCAGUUGAAACCUGCGGCGAGAGCUUUCACCGUUUUGACAAGUAUCUUAAUUUUUCUAAUCCACAUAUUGCGAGAAAUUUUGAUCCUAAUGCAUGUGGUUGGGCAUAUGGUAUGAACAUCUUUGAUCUUAAAGAGUGGAAAAAGAAGGAUAUAACUGGCAUAUACCACAGGUGGCAGAACUUGAAUGAAGAUAGAGUUCUGUGGAAGCUUGGGACUUUGCCUCCUGGACUUAUGACAUUUUAUAGGCUUACACAUCCACUUGAUAAGUCUUGGCAUGUGCUUGGUCUGGGUUAUAAUCCGACUGUAGACAAGACAGAUAUUGAGAACGCAGCUGUUAUUCACUACAAUGGCAAUAUGAAACCCUGGUUGGAGUUGGCUAUGAGAAAGUAUAGAUCAUACUGGUCUAAAUAUAUUAAGUCUGACCAUCCUUAUAUCCACGAUUGCAAAUUAAGUGAAUAAACGUAAUGUCUUGCUAUCUUGCCCUCUUUUUCCAUACAAGCCUGUGUUGGUUAAGUGUAGUUCAUGAGAAAGGAGGCCUAAUGACUGCUCUCCCUUCAUAACCCUAUUUACUUGAAUUGUUUAUUCCUCAGCGUGAUUCAGAUUUAUUCAUUGUCGUGCCCCAUUUUACAUGGAUUCCGCAAUCUUCAACAAAGUGGCACCGGUUCAUUGAUUUGUAAGACUCACAUAUAGAUAUAUUUCUGUAGCAAUGUUAGAUUUGGAAACUGUAUAAUCAUGAUGUUUAAGGAUACGAAUGCCAAUAUGAUGUAUUCAUUAAAUGUAAGCUCACUCAUUGUUGUAGAAUUAAAUUUUAUAGUGUUUGAUAAUUGAUAUUUUUAUCAAAUGAAAUUUACUAAUUUCCGAA